UACUAUUGUUUAAUAAUGUUUUGUAAUAUAAUUAUAAUUAAUUAUAAAUAAAGAUUAUAUUCCGUGGCCCAUAUGUUUGGUUACAGGCCUUAUGAUAAAAGUAUCCAGCCCACUGAUAACACCGUGCUCGUUUACCUGGCUAUGGGUGGCGGUUACCACAACUAUCAUCACGCAUUUCCUCAGGAUUACUCCGGGUCCGAGUACGGGUGGGAACAAAAUUUCAACCCGACCACUUUGUUGAUCGACAUGUUUGCAAAAAUUGGUUGGGCCUAUGAUCGCAAAAAAGUGUCGGCAGAAAUAGUACGCAUGCGUACAAAACGCACGGGCGAUACGACAGCCUUACGCCGGAACGCAAGUAUGGCUAUGGAUGUGGUGUUGGGACUAUUGAUACUGUAUUGGCCACUACCUGUGAUUUACGGUAUCAGGCUCUUGGUCAAUUAA